GCUGCCGGCGCCGCUCCUGAUUUAAACGGCCUCCGCAAACAGUUGCGAUCAGUUGCUCGGCAAACUUUGAUCGGUCCAAUAAUUCCGCAAAGGGAUUUCUUUUCAAUUUCACCACAUCGAGUCCGAAUAGCAUCAGGCACCCAGCGCCCAGGCCGGCACAACAAAAGCUACAAAAUUAUGGAAAUACAAGUAGGAUGGCCCAAGCUGCUCAAGAUGGGCGCCAAGCUGGUGGGGCAUAAGUUCCAGCAGUACCGCCUCGCCACAGGUCACACCGUGGUUUUAGAUACCAAUUACGGCCAGGUACGAGGACUCCAAAGGAAGACGGUGUACGAUGAGGAGCUGUACUUCGCCUUCGAGGGAAUACCCUAUGCCAAGCCUCCGGUGGGCGAGCUGCGGUUUAAAGCUCCCCAGCCGCCGGAACCCUGGCAGGGAGUGCUCAACUGCACCACCAAUCGGUCCAAGCCGCUUCAACGGAACAUGAUCCUGGGCAUUGUGGAGGGCAGUGAGGACUGCCUACACCUAAAUGUGUAUGCGAAGACCCUGACAUCGGAGAAGCCGCUGCCCGUGAUAGUAUGGAUAUAUGGCGGGGGAUUCCAGAAGGGUGAGGCGUCGCGGGACAUCUACAGUCCGGACUACUUCAUGAAGCAGCCGGUGGUAUUGGUGUCCAUCAACUACAGGCUGGGAGCACUGGGAUUCCUUAGUCUACAAGACCCCAAACUCGACGUCCCUGGAAACGCAGGACUCAAGGAUCAAGUACAAGCCCUUCGCUGGAUUAGCCAGAACAUUGCCAACUUCAAUGGAGAUCCCAACAACAUCACCCUGAUGGGCGAAAGUGCUGGAGCCGCCUCCGUUCACGUGAUGAUGACCACAGAGCAAACUCGUGGACUCUUCCACAAGGCCAUCCUGCAAUCCGGAUGUGCUCUAAGUGAAUGGGUGGAGAGUCCGGAUCGGCAGUGGGCCUUCCGGCUGGCUAAGAAACUGGGCUACAAGGGCGGAGAAAAGGAUGCGGAUGUACUGCGUUUUCUGAGCCGAAUUUCCGCCAAGAAGAUAGCGACGUGUGACCAGGAUAUCAUUACGCAGGAUGAGAUUCACAACUUUCUGCUUUUCGCUUUUGGCGCAGUCGUGGAGCCCUACGAAAGUGAUCACUGCGUGGUGUCCAGGAGGCACAAUGAGCUCCAGGCGGGCGCCUGGGGCAAUGACAUACCUUUAAUUAUGGGCGGCAACUCCUUCGAGGGCCUGUUCUCCUACCAACUGGUGAAAGGGGAUCCCUGGGUAAUGAAAAACUUUCACAACAUUUUGCCCCGGGAAGUGAGCGAGGCCAGCAGCCAGGAGGAGCGGGAUCAGCUGGUUCGACGCCUUAAAGAACUCUACUUCAACAACGGAGAGCAGCAGACCAUGGAUAUGUUCGAGGCGCUGAAUAUAUUCUCUCAUCGCCAGGUAUGGCACGAUUUGCACCGCCUGGCUAUGGCUCGAAGGACCUAUGCGCCCAACAAGCCCACCUAUCUUUAUCGCUUCGACUUCGACUCUCCGCACUUUAACCAAUUCCGGUGGUUGGUCUGUGGGAAUCAUAUUCGGGGUGUGUCCCAUGGCGAUGACCUGUCGUACCUCUUCUACAAUGUCAUAUCGUCGAGGCUGGAGAAAUCCUCCAAUGAGUACAAGACCAUCGAGCGGAUGGUGGGCAUGUGGACAUCGUUUGCCGCGAGAGGAAAUCCAAACUGUCCGGAAAUAGGAAAUGCCAAGUGGGAGCCUCUCCAGCGGAUGGACAGCAGCGCGGAGCAGUGCUUGAACAUUAGCCACGAUUUGGAAAUGCUGGAGGCCAAUUCCCUGGCCGUGUGGGACACUUUCUAUCCGAAGGAGGCUCUCUUCUAUAGUCCCCGAGUUAAAACAAUUAUGGAUGUCCAUGUGGAAUGGCCUAAGCUGCUCAAGAUGGGCGCCAAGAUGGUGGGCUUUAAGUUCCAGCAGUACCGCCUCGCCACAGGUCACACCGUGGUACUGGAUACCAAAUACGGACAGGUACGGGGGCUCCAGAGGAAGACGGUGUACGAUGAGGAGCUGUACUUCGCCUUCGAGGGAAUACCCUAUGCCAAGCCUCCGGUGGGUGAGCUGCGGUUUAAAGCUCCCCAGCCGCCGGAACCCUGGCAGGGAGUGCUCAACUGCACCACCAAUCGAUCCAAGCCCCUGCAGCGGAACAUGGUCUUGGGCAUUGUGGAGGGCAGUGAGGAUUGCCUACACCUAAAUGUCUAUGCGAAGACCCUGACAUCGGAGAAGCCGCUGCCCGUGAUAGUGUGGAUAUAUGGCGGGGGAUUCCAGAAGGGCGAGGCGUCGCGGGACAUCUACAGUCCGGACUACUUCAUGAAGCAGUCGGUGGUAUUGGUGUCCAUCAACUACAGGCUGGGAGCACUGGGCUUUUUGAGCCUCAAGGACUCUAGCCUAGACGUUCCUGGAAACGCAGGACUCAAGGAUCAAGUACAAGCCCUCCGCUGGAUCAGCCAGAACAUUGCCCACUUCAAUGGAGAUCCCAACAACAUCACCCUGAUGGGCGAAAGUGCGGGAGCCGCCUCCGUUCACGUGAUGAUGACCACAGAGCAAACUCGAGGACUCUUCCACAAGGCCAUCCUGCAAUCGGGAUGUGCUUUAAGUGAGUGGGCGAAUAGCCCGGAUCGCAACUGGGCCUUCCGGCUCGCCCAGAGUUUAGGCUACAAAGGCGGCGAGAAGGAAGCUGAUAUACUCCGGUUUCUACGCAGUGCUUCCGCCCACAAGAUGGCGUCUGCUGACCAGGACCUAGUCACCCAGGACGAGAUGCGAAGUUUCCUACUUUUUGCUUUCGGUCCGGUGGUGGAACCUUACGAGUCUGACCAUUGUGUAGUGCCCAGGAGACAUAAGGAAAGUCUCUCCGAGGCUUGGGGUAACCAAAUACCUGUAAUAAUGGGGGGCAACUCCUUUGAGGGGCUCUUCUCCUACCAAGUGGCUAAGGGCGAUCCGUGGUGCCUCAAUAAUUUUCAAUACAUAUUGCCCAGGGAUAUUAAGGAAACCGCUAGCAGCAAGGAGCUGGAUAUACUGGUUCGACGACUCAAAAAGCAAUACUUCAACGACGAACUGCAUGAAUCGAUGGAGUUGUUAGAGGCCCUGAAUAUAUUCUCCCAUCGCCAGAUAUGGCACGAUAUGCACCGCCUGGUUCUUGCACGAAGGACCUACGCUCCUGAUGUCCCAACAUAUUUAUAUAGAUUCGAUUUUGAUUCUCCGCACUUCAACCAAUUCCGGUGGUUGGUCUGCGGUGAUAGUGUUCGGGGAGUGUCCCAUGCCGAUGAGCUGUCUUACCUAUUCUUCAACGUAAUCGCUUCCAGGCUGGAUAAAUCAUCGGAAGAGUACCGGACCAUCGAGCGGAUGGUAGGCAUGUGGACAUCGUUUGCCGCGAGUGGAAAUCCCAACUGUCGGGAAUUGGGAAAUGCCAAGUGGGAGCCUCUCCAGCGGAUGGAAAGCUGCGUGGAGCGGUGUUUCAACAUCAGCCAAGAGCUGGACAUGAGGGAACUGCCAGAGGCCAAAGCGCUGGCCGUGUGGGACUCCUUCUAUUCCAAGAAGGCGCUUUUCUAGAAUAAUUUGUAUGUCUGCUCUCUGUCUCACUUUCCAUUUAUUAUUUACAAAUAUUAUAAAUAGAAAUAUAAAAAUUUAUAGUUUUAAUAUAACAUUAGAGUUUUUUAAUGCGAAAAGUUUAUGUAAAUUCUUUUAAAAUUUCCGUUAAAUUCCUAAAUCUCUUAAACUAAGGGCUAGGAACCUUUAUCCUUGUCAGCUUAUAAUCUACAUCGUAUAAGCCUAACUACAAAAAGUAGCUAUAUUUCGAAUAAUCAGUCCAGUCUUUUAGGCAACUUUACAAUUUCAUCGUGUUUGCUGUUAUCAAAUAUAAACCCGGUCAUCAUUCAUCAGGCAUUAG